GUGGGCCCCCGCGGUGCAGAGGGGGCGGGGCCGGGGCUGGGGGCGGGGCUCGGCGGCAAGUACGUGCGGCUGAACGUGGGCGGGACCCUGUACUACACCACGGUGCAGGUGCUGAGGGGACAGGACACCAUGCUCCGCGCCAUGUUCAGCGGCAGGAUGGAGGUCUUCACCGACAAGGAGGGCUGGGUGCUGAUCGACCGCUGUGGGAAGCACUUCGGCUCCAUCCUGUCCUACCUGCGGGACUCCACAGUCACACUGCCCAAAACCCGGCAGGGCAUCCGGGAGCUGCUGGCCGAGGCCAAGUACUACCUGAUCCAGGGCCUGGUGGCCACCUGUCAGAGCGCCCUACAGGACAGCAAGGAGCAGGCACUGUGCAUGAUUCCAGUUAUCACCUCAGCAAAGGAAGAGGAAAGACUCAUCCAGACCUGUACCAAGCCAGUGGUUAAGCUGCUGUACAAUAGAAGCAACAACAAAUACUCCUACACCAGCAACUCGGACGACCACCUGCUGAAGAACAUGGAGCUGUUCGACAAGCUGUCCCUGAGCUACAGCGGCCGCGUGCUCUUCAUCCGCGACGUGAUCGGGGACGAGAUCUGCUGCUGGUCCUUCUACGGGCAGGGCCGCAAGCUGGCCGAGGUCUGCUGCACCUCCAUCGUCUACGCCACCGAGAAGAAGCAGACCAAGGUGGAAUUUCCGGAGGCGCGUAUCUACGAGGAGACGCUGAACGCGCUGCUCUACGAGACCCUGCCCGUGCCGGAUAACUCCCUCCUGGAGGCCACGCGGCGGCGCCACUGCGGCUCCCACAGCGAGGAGGAGGAGGGCGGGGACCGGGACCGGGACCGGGACCGAGACAGGGACCGGGACCGGGACCGGGACCGAGACCGCGUGCGCCGUAUACACGUCAAGAGGUACAGCACCUACGACGACCGGCCUCUGGGACACUGACUGGGAGCUCCGCCCCCCCACCCCCCACCACCCACCACCCACCACCCUGUGCGCUCCCACAACCAGCGCUACCGACUCAUGGUUUUUCUUUUUUCUUUCUCUUUUUUCCUUCUCUAUUAAAUUUCACCGAAACUAAAGGCGUCAAGGCGAUCGCACCGACAAACGAGCCAACGUGCGUUUUUUGGGUUCGUCGGACAAGCGUGCUCCGUUCAUUCCAGGGUACACAAAUACAGGAAGCGAACGGAAAUGUGCUAUUUGCCCUCUGGAUAACCCCUCCCCCCCCCCCCCCACC